AUGUCUGCAGGCCCUCCCGUUGACGUCGACUUUGCCAGACGCCUGCCAAAAAUCGAGACUUCCGUUCGCAUCGCUGCUAAUGCCGCGACUCAGCUCCACGCCCAUCUCACCGGCAGCAUUAGCCGCGAAUGUCUGCACGACAUCUGGGUGACCAAAAGCGCAAAAGAUCCCGACCUGCAUGUGCAAGAUCCCUUGGUCGCCAUUCCGCCGGGAAAGGUCGACUAUGAUAUCAAAACAGCUGUCCUACGCGAGUUCCAAGACGACGGUCUUGUCUACAUCGAAUUGCGGACUACGCCAAGAGCAAUUCCAGAGGCGGGUGUGACCAAGGAGGACUAUGUGAGGACUGUCCUCGACAUACUGAAGGCACAUAAUGAUGACAGCCGCAACACGAUGCGAGCCUUUCUCAUAGUGUCCAUCGACCGUCGAAACAGCAUUGCCGAAGCCGAUGAAGUAGUAGACCUCGCUUUCAAAUACAAGUCAGCUGGUGUUGUGGGCGUGGAUCUCUGUGGUGACCCUGCCAGAGGCGAUAUCCGCAUAUUUCAAGAUAGCUUUGUGCGAGCAAAGGCGGAGGGUUUGAAGGUCACGUUACACUUUGCCGAAAGCGAGCCUUCGUCUUCAGAUUUGGAGCUCCAGACGCUUCUAUCAUGGAAUCCCGAUAGGCUUGGUCAUGUCAUACAUGUCAAAGAAGAGUUCCGUAAAGUCAUCGAACAGCAGGCCAUUGGAGUGGAGUUGUGCUUGAGCUGUAACGUGCAUGCCAAGAUGAUCACGGGCACUUAUUCAGACCAUCACUUUGGAAUGUGGCGACACACUAGUGUUCCAGUCGCUUUGAGUACGGAUGACGUUGGAGUCUUUUGCAGUCCGUUAUCCCAGGAGUAUUAUCUCGCGGCCCAGCAUUUCAACCUCGAUCGAAACCAUAUCAAGGCACUGUGCGAGCGAGCAGUCGAUUCAAUCUUCACUGGGCCAGCAGAGAAGGCGCGUCUCAAAGAAAUCUACGCCACUUGGGACGGAUGGGAAGCAUGA